AUGCUCAUAAUUUUGGAUAUGGUAUCUCAUGUUGUGCAAAUAGAAUACCGAUUACGCAGAUUAGGAGAUAUAGUCGAGAAAUUCGAUAGAAACAGUAAAGAUGUAUCAAACUUGGUCACGGUAAGUUGGCGUGCCAGUUUUGAAGCAACAAGAUUAGACAAAUUGAAAAUUUUUAAUGCAAGGGCUGAAAAUGGUGUAAAGACACCUGAUGAAAUUAUUUUGUUAUGUCAAUGUUAUUUGAUGUUGAUUAAGCAAACUGAGUUUAUAAACACUAUGUUUGGAUUCAGAACAGGCUUCAAUAUAAUGCUGAUUCUGUCAACCACACUUAUCUUCCUGGUUAUCUGCUCCAAUAUCCAUAUUUUGGCUAAUCGAUGCGAGAAGGUUUAUAGACAGAACGAUCGUAUCAUUGAAAUCAUCGAUGAUUUGAUUAUAUAUGGAAAAGUCAGUAAGUAG